AUGACUAAGAGAGCACGAAUAACUUGUGAAAUGUUACACAUCCAUUACUACUACACAUCAGUAAACUGUACCAGUCAGGAUCCGGUAGCAAAGGUUUCUGUAAGUCAAACAACAACUGGAAGUGGAUUUCCUGCUCCAAAGAUUGCAGCUUUCUCAUCAAGGGGUCCAAGCUCUGUCUAUCCUGCAGUGCUCAAGCCUGACAUUACUGCACCGGGGGUGAAUAUUUUAGCAGCAGCGCCACAGGUUGGUAUUUACAAGGAACUGGGGCUCUACUUCUUCGAUUCAGGGACAUCGAUGGCUUGCCCACAUGUAUCCAGCAUUAUAGCUGUGCUCAAGUCACUCCAUCCAGACUGGUCACCUGCUGCUUUCAAAUCAGCACUAAUGACAACCGAUACAAACAGUAGUUGUAUAGCAACCCAGAAAUCUUUGUUUGACCUGAAUCUCCCAUCAAUCGCCAUCCCAAAUCUCAAGUCAUCGGAAACGGUAUCAAGGACUGUCACCAAUGUGGGCCAAGCUGAUGCAGUGUAUAAAGCAUUUGUUGAGCCCUCUGCUGGAGUUGAUAUGCUGGUCAAACCUAUGGUGUUGGUGUUUGGCAAGGAUACAAGCUCACAGUCUUUCAAGGUGAGCUUCAAGGCAACACAAAAGAUCCAAGGCGAUUACUCAUUUGGUAAUUUGGUGUGGCACGAUGGAGGCAGCCAUUGGGUCCGAAUCCCGAUAGCGGUUCGUGUUGUUAUCGGUGAUCUCUAUUCAACCGUCUCCUAA